AUGCUGAGUAACUGUGAGUGUCUAGACGACAUGGCCACGGUGGAUAUUCGCCUCGACUCCCAGAAACAGGUGGAUGAAUUCUGCCAAAAUCUCACUAAGGAGGCAGAACAGCUGGUUUCCACAUUUUUCCCUCAGAAGAUUGAAGAUCUGCAGAAGCUGCUGAAGACAUCUUUCAGCGUCGAUGACCUGGCGUCCUUGAAGGCACCGCUGGACAUCCCGAUACCGGAUCCAGCCAAAGAGGAGGCCAAACGCAAGAAGAAGGAGGAGAAGGAGGCUAAGGAGGGCAAGAAAGACAAGGACAGCGAUAAAGAGGACGAAGACUCAGGGCCUCCUUGUGGUCCCAUCUGCACCAACGAGCGAGUGGAGCGUCUCCUGCAGCAGGUCAAACCUGAGAUCCAGACGCUGAAGGAGAAGCUCAACACGGUGUCGAUGUGGGUGCAACUCAAAAUCCCCAAAAUCGAAGACGGUAACAACUUCGGAGUGGCUGUGCAGGAGAAAGUGUUUGAGUUGUUGAUCGCCACACGCACCAAGGUCGAAGGAUUCCAGACUCUGGUGGCAAAACAUUACAGCGAUAGAGGCGACGCUGUGGGCAAAGCCGCCAAAAUGCCCCACGUGGGAGACUACAGACAGCAGGUUCACGAGCUGGACCUGUAUAUGUUCUUUGAGCUCCGCCUGGUGGUCCUGGACAUCUGCAACACAUACGCUGUGCUGUUUGACAUCAUUACCAAGAACUACGACAAGAUUAUGAAGCCCAGAGGAGACGGCAAAGCUCUCAUCUACUGAGACGACUCCGGCACACUUGCAGGCUUCUUCUUUUUUUUUUUUUUUUUAAACAAGCUACAGCAAGUGUAGUAUGACACUCUCAUCCAGUAACAGCACACCUGAUGUCUUCAUUUUAUUCCUGCGCCUGCAUUGUGGUUCAGAUUACAAAAUAAAGCAACGUGAUUCCUGA